UAUAAUUUAAAAUUUUAAAAAUAUCUACAAUUAUUUGUUGUGUUGAGAUUUAUUAUAUAUUUAUUUUUGUGUUUAUAUCGAGUGGAAAAUAUUUGUGUUUCUUACCUUAAUAUCCGAAAUUAAGAUGGAUUCUGAUGUUGCACUAUAUAUGAUGUCGUUUUUAAGGGAUUACAAUUAUCCUUUAAUUCAUAGCAUGUCUGAUGAGAAAAUUACUGAAAUUUUUCAUAUUUCAAAUAGAUGUUUUUUAAUUUCCUGGCUUUUUAAAGUAUUGGAUGAAGAAUCUUAUUCCUCCGUAUUAGAAGAUCGAGAACAGGAUAAGAAUGUAUUAGGAAAUUUAAUAUGUAGUUAUGGUUUUUGUAUGGAUGAGGAAAAAGCAGGGUUCUUUAAUGGAGACUUACCUAUGGCUGAACAAGUUCAGAUACUUUACAGGAUAUUUAAGUUUAUAGCAAAUUUAAAGAAAUCACCUUCCGUUGACAAAGAGAAUUUAAAUCUAACAGUUAUUGAUACAUUAGUAAAUACCAAUUUGAAUAUCUUUCCGAGUUUUGGUGAACUUAAACCAUUGUCAGAGAAGGAGAAAAUUGCUAAACUUCAGGAAAUUCAGUUGAAAAGUAAGAAAUUACAGUUACAAUUGAAAGAAAUGCCAAUGAAACCUAAAGAUAAAAUUACACAUAUGUCUGGAGAAAACGAAAACAACUUAGAAGAUACUCUUAAUUAUUUAAGAAACAACUUAUCUCAGUUUGAUCGAAUCGUAAAGGCUAUCGAUAAGGAUAAAAACAUGGCAACAAAGAGCAAUUAUAAGGUGAAUCCGGAUUCUGAGCAGUUAUUUAGUAAAUGCAACAAAAAUCUAAAAAUUAUAUAUCAGUAUAUCGAGGAUUUAAAUACCAUAAACAAUUUUAAAGUGAAUGAUGUACAAGAAGUAAUAGUUAACGAUGAGCUAUCUCCAUUAAUUGAUAUUUUGGUUGAACAAAUACAAAGCAUUUCCAAACUGAUACUCCUUUAACAGUUUUAUUAGUUUUAACUAGGUAAGCAAAGGAUGUAAGCAAAGACAUCUAACUUAAAGGAGUCAAAACUAUUUACUAUUGUAUAAUAAAACUAUUGUUUUAUCCCGAUCAUCGUUUUGAACAAAAAUCCACGUUGACAAUUUUCUGCGGAUUGCGUUAGAUCUACGUCUUCUGUUUGAAAACGAAGUUUGUUAUUACUGUUAUUAAGAAUAUAUAAACAAGGCUGUUAUUAAUGUUUUUUUUUGGAUACCUAUAGAAAUGGCAUACAAAAUAUACAGAGUGACGCACUUCAUUCGCCUUGGUUGAUUACAAAAUACGUUUUAUUUUGUAAUUUUUUAAUUUGUAAAUUUUUUUAAAAAAUUGUACGAAAACGGAAAGAUAUAAUCAAAACAAAAUAUUUAGGGGUAUAUGUGGGAUGGCAAUGCGCAUAAUUUAAAAUUAUUUUGAAAUGUACAGGGUAUGUCAGAACUAAGAUCCACAUCAAAGUUUUUUUUUUAUGGAACACCCGGUAUUUUUUAUUUUAUAUUUGGAUCCUUGGGCAAAAAAUAAGGCAUUUAUUAUAAGGGUUAAAUGUGUAUACAAGCUUUGGUUCUUGGGAUAAUUAGAAAUAUUUAAAUAUGCAUGCUAAUAAAAAAAUUGUCAACACCCUGUACAUUACUUUUCAGAUUUAAUUCUUGUGCUGACUUUGAAGCCAGAGGAAUAAA